AUGUCGAAUUUUCAUCUUAUUACUAAUCCAACUCCGUUAUCGCAGGCGAACAAACUCGAGUUAGGAUUUCGACAACUCCAAAAAACAGUCGAGCGAAAAUUUGGGAAGAAAGAAGACCCGUCCAUUGUCAAAAGCGAUACGGAGAUCGAUGCCAAGCUUUCAAUGUACAAAGACAUCGACGACUCGAUGCGCUCCCUACGGCUGGCUUCAAGAACCAUUCAUGUUUCGACGAGAGCGCUCUGCUGCCAAGACACGUACGUCGUCAAAUUCAUUCAAGAAAACUACAAUGUCGAUGGAGAUCCGAUCAUUCAGGCUUUGAGUGCAACUGCAGAAGGAUUCAGUGCCUCGGGAAAUUACUGGAACACAGUCAAAGAUUGCUCAGAUCGUGUUCAGAGAGAUUAUUCGACCUUCUAUCUCAAGGGUAUAGGAGAGCUAAAAGAACAAAUAAAAGAAAUGGAGGAAGCGCGCACUGAUUAUCGAGCUGCUCUUUCUUGGUUGCGCGCCACAUCGGUAGAUCCUGACAACCUCAGCCAGGUCGAGAAGUUUAGACGAGUGCAACUUCAAGUAAAGUCCUCGAAAGAUAAAUUUGACCAGAUGAAGUGGUCAAUCCAGACGAAGAUUGAUUUACUGCGCGUCUCGCGUGCCUCUCUUCUAUCAAAUGCUAUGGCGCCGCUGUACAGAAAGACCGCCUCCCUUUCCAGAAAGGUAUCCUCGUCAUUGAGCGACGCAAGCAUGAAUAUCAAAUCAUAUUCUUUGAGCGACUACGACUACAAAAUACUAAAAGAGCUGAAAACAGUUGAUAACGACUUGAAGAAAGAGUGUGCUCUAGAUGAUCUCCAGGCCCACGAGACGAAAAAUAACUCUGCCAAUGAAACCGAGCAGCAAAAUAAAGACGACAUGCAGCUGCUCGACAUCUCCGGCGAAUGCUUCGAUAAUCAGAGUGAAAAUCAAAAGUUGAUUUCCGAUUUUCUAGGAAAACCAAGCAUGUUCGACCUAAUAAAGAGGGACGAGGAUUCAAUCUUCACUGAUGAUCUACUCCAAGAUUUUUCCGCACAGCCUCAAGACCUAUCCGAAGCAGAGAACUACCUAUCAAACUUCAAAGAAGAACCAAAGAAGGACCUUCUCGAAUGCUAG